AUGAAGAACUUGUUUGGAAAGCACGGCAACCGGUCAUCGCAUGCGCUCAACGAGCCGCGAACUCCGCCAAAGGCGCCAGCGACAACGACGACGACGACGAACAACAAGAGCAACCAGCCUCCCUCAACUGGCAGUGUAGUGGCACCUCAAGCUCAACCGACAGGCCACCAGCGCCAACCAAGCCAUCAACCCCAGUCGCAGCUUCAACAACAACAGCUCCAGCACCAGCAGCUCCCACAGGAUCAACACUACCAAGUCCAGCAGCACCAGCAGCUCCUUGAUGAGGCGGACUCAGCCUCCCACAGCGCCCACUUUGGCCACCCUCAAUCUCACUCACACUCGCACAACAGCGCCAGCACCAAUCCCAGCAGCGCCAAUAAUCCUUCCGCCAUAAACCCCCAUUCAGCCUUGUCCUCGUCCCAUAACACCGCCUUCAGCUCCAGCGAAUCUUUUGAUUCCCAACAGCCGUCGCAACCGCCUCAUUACUUGCAGAACCAGCAACCACCGUUGCAUCUACAACAUCCUCCUCAGCAGCAAACUCAAGGUGCUUUGCCGCUGUUGCCUUCCCCCUCCUCCGCUUCCGCUUCCGCUGGCGCCCCUCCCCCACCUCACCUCUAUAGCUCACCUUCAGCUGCCAGUAGUACGACCGGUGCAAACGUUACCAGUAACCCUCCUUUGUUGCAACAGCAGCAGAGCUCCAACCUAUCUAACGUGGCAUACGAUUCUCAUCAACCUCAAGGCGAAUUCCAUGACCCUGGGCUCGGUCGCUCGCAGAGUGUCCGCUACAGCGCUACCGCAUCCUACGAUAAUCAGAACCAGUCUGUCGAUGACCUAAACCGCUACAGUCAAAUCCUACCUCAGCAGUUACAGCAACAGCAGCAAGCUCAGACUCAAGCGCAAACAGCUCCUGCCGAGAAGCGGUCGACCCGAAAAUUGAUUAAGGGCAUAUUUUCUGGGUCCAAUCGUGGGGCGUCUGACAGCCAGCACCACCAAGGCAUAAGCAUCGGUCACAGUAACAACCAAUCCUACGAUAACACUGGCGGCCUUGCACGUCGACCGUCCAAGCGGACUUCACGCAUUUCCCUCCACAAUACCAUUCGCCAAGUCACUGGUGAGGUAGACCACCAGCAGCAACAGCAGCAUAAGGAAGACGCCGCAUACCACCAGAGCCAGAACCAAAAACAGACCCCGCUCCAGCAACCCCACGUUCAGUUACACACAGACGAUCAACAGCCGCAAUCUACCUACGAAACAAACGCGUACGACCACCAGCAAACGCCCCUCAACCAGCCGCAACAGCCCUACCAGUUUUCAAACGCCCAGCAGCAGCCUGGCUAUCACCAGGGUGGGAACCAAGGUGGAGAAUUGAGAUCAGUUCCCGCACAUCUGGGUCCUAGCACACAGUUUCAGAACCCUGAAACAGUCUCGCAGUUCUCGCAUGAAUCUCCUAUCGCCGACUCAGAUCAACGUUCAGCCAACUUACAGUCAGCGACCAACUCGCCUGCUGUAAAUCACUCCUUGUACAUUCAACAACAAGGCUCAACACCGAGCCUCCCUCCUGCUCAACAAAUAACACCCCAGCCACUGCAACCAGGCAUGGCACCACCUACAGGAGGACCUCCACCCUCGCGCCGCCCAGAUUCUGACAAGCUGCGUGGACAAACUGACGUCCCUGGCGGCCCGCCCCCCACUUACCGUCCCGCCAAUUCCAUGAACAACAUGAACCCGCUACCCCCCGUCCCGCCUCAGGCGGCUGGCCAGUCACAAGCAUACAGAGGUGACCGCGCGCCUCCGUUUGACAGCCAGGCAGUUGACCAGGGACGAGACAGUCCCCAACCUGUAUCUGCUGUGCCAGCUGAUUCGAGCGACGGCGACAAAUUCAAGGAUCUACUGACCAAAUAUAAGAACGUCAAGCGACUUUACUUUGACGGCAAGACGCAGAUCGAAGGGCUCAACGGCCAAAUCGUGCAUCUUCAGAAUGCUGUGGCCAAUCAGCGCAUGUCGCAAUCGCGCACCGCCCUCGAUGACAGUGAAUACUCUACACGAUUCAAUCGACUCAAUGGUGCCAUCAACAACCUCUCUUUCAACAUUCGUAAAGACUGGCGGUGCGUGCCACAGUGGCUUGACAAGUAUGUCAGCGCAGAUGCACUCAAGACUGGAAAGGCCGAGAUGACGGCUGUUGGACGAGCAGUAAUUUCACGAUGGCUCAUGGAGGAGGUGUUCAACAAGUGCUUUCAUCCGGGUCUAGACACGCAGCUCAGCCAGUCGCUUAAAGAGAUUGAGCUUGGCAUACGAAGCAACUCAUACACCCUGACUAGCCAGGAAGAGUUCGAUGCCUUGACGAGCAAGAUCGUGAGCUGGCGAAUGACGUCGCUCGACGGCCUUCAUCGUCAACUCAACUCACCGGCAGCGACUGAGAACCGCAACAACUUUAUUGCCAAAACAACAACUAACCUGACGGCCUGCCUCUACCAAUUUCUCAACACACCGCCACCGCCAGGAGUGGACGGUAGCGCAUCGAUGAUCGUGGAGCUUGCUGUGGGCAUUGCAGCUAACCUUCCCCUGGAGAGUCGCGAUGUUGCUAUUACUUACCCGUUGCCUGGAGAAAUUGUCCAGCCUCAUGUGAUGGAAGUUGAAAAAGCGGCACUACCAGUAUUGGAAGCACAGAAGGGAGAGGGAGAUGGUGGUGAUAAAGAUGCUGACGACGAGAAGAAAGUCAAGACUGCGGCCCUGCCGACGGAUUCGAACAGGGUGCGGUUUGCAGGCUUUAUGGCGUUGGAAGUGCGAGGAAGGCAGGUGUUGAUGAAGGCACCCAUCUGGACUCUAUAAAGGAAUACAAUUGAGUAGAUGAGAGCUGCGAUAGUGGGACCCGAGGCAAAGAGAAAGAAACGUCGUGCAUUGACUGUCUGUGUCUUGGAAGGAAGGCAAGAUCACACAAGGUACAUGAGAGAUCGAACCAAAUCAACGAGAACCCACGCUUGAUUUGUGCAAGAGGCCAGGCCAGGCUUGUCAUUACAACAUGACCGAAGAGGUUUAGAUGUGAUGAUGGAUUACUGGCAUGACGGAGG